CAUACCGGGAAAAGUUCUUGAUUAUGUUUAAAUUCAAAUACCAAAAUUUAUUACUUUUAAUAUUACAAGUGCGCGCGCGCGUGUGUGCGUGCGUGUGUGUGUAGCGACUGCGAAGCAAAUGCCGCAGAUUAUUUGAGGUUAAGAUUUACCAAACGCAAAGGUUGAUGAAUUUCGCUUGGAAGGAUCAACGGCUGCGAGAAGUGGCACGCGUGAAUUUCCAUACGAGAAAUGCAAAGCAAAAUCAGAUUUCUCGAUCUUAGAAAUAAUUAACGGUGUUUACUCUCUAAAGUCAUACAAAUACUUAACAGAAUGAACGUUCGUUGUUUAUUACGAUUAUGUACCAUCAUUAAACGUGCUAAUCUUAACAAACAUAGAUUUUAUUGCAGCAGAAACAUAUUAAAACUUCACGAAAGAGGCAUGUACGAGGAUAUAUUUCCCAAUAUUAAUACAAACGAAAUAGUAGAAUCGUUGAACAAAUCACCACAGUGUGUUUAUGCUGGAUUUGAUCCAACAGCGGAUAGUUUACACAUUGGCAAUUUACUUAUUCUAAUGAAUCUCUUGCAUUGGCAGAGAGCAGGACAUCAAAUUAUAGCCCUAGUAGGAGGAGCUACAGGCUUAAUAGGUGAUCCUAGUCACAGAAAGGCUGAGCGUAUUGAAAUAGAAAAAGUUUUAAUAGAGGAAAACGUCAAGUCUAUCACAAAGAACAUAGAGACUGUCUUUGAUAAUCAUGAGAAAUAUUUCUGGAAACAGAAGGAAGAGAAACUGGAGCCCCCAAUUAUAGUGAAUAACUUGGAUUGGUACACGAAUGUAGAUGUUAUUGAGUUCGUGAGGAAUAUCGGAAAGUAUCUUAGAAUGGGUACAAUGUUAGGCAGAACUUCUGUCCAGGCACGGUUAAACUCUGAGACGGGAAUGAGUUUCGCCGAAUUCACCUAUCAGGUAUUUCAGGCGUACGAUUGGUUGCAGUUAAUGGAAAAAUAUAACUGUCGCUUUCAAAUUGGCGGGAGCGAUCAGAUGGGUAAUAUUAUGUCUGGAUACGAUUUAAUUACAAAAAGUACGAAAAAACAUGUUUACGGCAUUACGUUACCGCUCAUAACGGCUGAGGGUGGGAAGAAAUUUGGAAAAUCUCUUAUGAACGCGAUAUGGUUAUCUCCGGAAAGAUCUUCGAGCUUCCAGUUGUACCAAUAUUUCAUUAGAACUCGAGACUCCGAUAUUGAGAAAUUCUUGAAACUGUUUACAUUUUUGACGCUAGACAAAAUUAACGAAAUUGUGGACGAACAUAGGAAUAAUCCAGAACUGAGGACAGCGCAAAAAUUACUAGCACAACAAGUAACACUUCUGGUGCAUGGAGAGAAAGGAUUGGUCGCGGCGAAGCGCGCUUCUGCAGCAUUGUACGAUCAAUCACUAGAAUACCUUGUGAGAAUGAAUGUAUUAGAAUUGGCGGAUACGUUUGAAGGUGCGACUAUAGUAGACGUUAUAUCCGAACCGGGACUCACUGUCUAUAAUUUAGCAAGAAAAGCAAAAUGCUUUAAAACUGACCACGAUGCGGAACGAAUCAUAACAGCGGGCGGAUUUUAUAUAAAUCAUCAAAAAAUUACUAAUUUAAACGAGAUAGUUGUACCAGGCAUACAUAUAUUAAGUAAUAAUACAUCAUUGCUCAGAGUCGGUAAGAGAACAUACCAUAUAGUCAGAUGGCAGUGAUGUCAUAAAAAAUGUAAGAUAUAAAAGUACAUAUAAAACAAGAUGUUUUAGCAUUCGGAAGAUCAA